AUGCAGCUCUCGCUCAAGUCCGCUCCCCUUGUACUCGCUGUGCUCGCCCUGACGAGCGGCGCAAAGGCAACACCCGUCGCUGCCGAUGUCAACGUCGCUUCCGAUGGGGUGAAUCCAGCAGCGUACCUCGUGUCCCACGAGCAGAUGAUGUACUGGAUCGCCAACACCGACGCCGAGCUCACCUUCGUCGGCAAGCCGAUCAAUCCACUCACCCCUCGCUCAGCACAAAACACCAUGGUCACCUACUGUAGUGGCCGCGUGGACAACGUCUGUGGCGGUUCAUGCACCGUGUACAAUGGCGGAGCGACGUGCCUCAGUGCACCUGGCACGAACUGCCUGUCGGCCACGAACAAUGUCGGGUUCUGCGACCGCAGUGGUUGUAGCGGUAGCUGCAACCAGCUGGCUUCUUGCGGCACACGCCUCGACAAUGGGUUCUGCGCCACCCCCGGAACCGCUUCCAUUCUGGUUUCUUCUGCUUGA